AUGCAAUUUCUCGACUCGUUCCGCGACAUCUCGGCUCGAAAUCUCGACCUCUUCAAGAGACAGACGCUGGCCGAGAUAUCAGGCUCGCUAGGCGAUCUGGGAACGUUUCUACCCAUUGCCAUCGCCUUGUCCGUAAAUGGCACUGUUUCGCUAUCCAGCACCCUGGUAUUCUCAGGUGUUGCCAAUAUCUUGACGGGUCUCUUCUUCGGCAUCCCGCUGCCCGUACAGCCCAUGAAGGCCAUCGCGGCUGUCGCCAUCGCCAACUCAUUCAGCAAUGGCGAGAUUGCCGCUGCCGGCAUCUUUGUGGCCGCCUGUAUUUUUGUUUUCAGUGCUACCGGCUUGCUGCGCUGGUUCGCCAAUGUGAUCCCAAUUCCUGUUGUGAAGGGGAUUCAAGUCGGGGCUGGUCUGUCCUUGAUUAUUGCUGCUGGUGGCAGUAUCUCCAAUCUCGGCUGGGUGACCCCUUCUUGGGCCGAUAAUCGUAUCUGGGCAAUCGUUGCUUUCGUAUUCUUGUUAUCGAUAAACUAUAUCCACCAAAUCCCCUAUGCACUGGUUGUGCUUGUGGUCGGCCUUGCGUUUGCCAUAGUCCGCGCAGCAAAGCUCAAUGACUUGCCCAACUUUAUCCCAUGGAUACCAGUCUUGUCUAUUCCCAUGGACAGCGAUUGGCGCGUGGGCAUUGUGAACGCUGGAAUCGGACAGCUGCCGCUCACCACGUUGAACUCCAUUGUUGCCGUAGUUCACCUAGCCAGUGAUUUAUUACCGGACGUCAAGACGCCAUCCAUCACCUCGGUAGGAUUAAGCGUUGCUGUCAUGAAUCUAGUGAGCUGCUGGUUCGGCGCAAUGCCAGUUUGCCACGGAUCCGGGGGGUUGGCAGCACAGUACCGCUUCGGAGCACGAUCGGGGUCUAGUGUUGUAUUUUUGGGGAUUUUGAAGUUACUCAUCGGAUUCUUUUUCGGAAAUACACUUGUUGGAUUGCUGAAGUCAUUUCCUUAUGCCUUCCUCGGCAUCAUGGUUAUAGCCGCGGGACUUGAGCUUGCCAGUGUAGGCGAGAGUCUCAAUACGACUGGAGCUCGCGACCUGAAGAAAAGUCACCAUACGAGCAUUUUGGGUGGUAAUGGCCAGGAAAUCGGGCCCGUAUUGAGCGAAGAUGAGCGGAAAAGACGGUAUACGGUGAUGAUGGUCACAAUUGGGUUUUUGGUAGGAUUCAAGAAUGAUGCCGUUGGAUUUCUUGCAGGAUUGCUGUGUCAUGGAAGCUUUCAGCUAUCAAGCUACAUACAGAAGCUGCAGGCAAGACGACAAGAAGGCCGGAUUCAGCUGACGGAAUGA